UGUAUGCUUGCCCUAGCUUGUAACUAGCACACUGCAACUGAAACACGGCCAUGACGCUCUUUUCGGACCUUGUUCACCACGUCCAUGGUGUACUUGCACAAGACCAACUGACCCGUGACAAAACCUCCUUCUUGGCCUUGUUUCCAAGAACGACUGUUGGCACGAAACCUACGGGUGGACUCGAAGCUUUUGACCAUCAGCACACGACGCCAACUAGCUUUGCUGCGAAAAAGAAAAAUCGAAGGAACCACACUAAUAUUAAGGUCGUUAAGGACAAACUUCUAGCAAAAGACAAUAAAGUAACCGAGGACGAUUCAGAAGAUUUCAUCCCAAGUACUAACAACGAUGUGGACGACCCUCCACCCGAAGAAGACGAAGAAGGAGGUCUGUUCGACCCAGAUGCUCCGAAAAAUGAUCCACUAGAAGAACAGAUAGUUGCUGAAGGUGGUGAGAUCAAAGACCUGGACGAGAUGGAAGCGGGUGUAUCAGAGUCAGAAAGGGAUUUUGAGGAGAUGAUCAACGGUGCUGACAGUGGAGGAGGAGGUGGAUCUUCUUCUAGUACGGGUAAGAAAAACAAGAAGAAUGGUAGUUUCCUAGAACAACUAGCAGGUCCUGGAAGAAGAUCAACCGCUUUUAAAGAUAAAGGUAAAAAACGUCAAGGUAAUAAAGCAAAAAUGUCUAGCAGCAGUAGUAAUCCCACUCCUGACGACCCAGAAAAAGCUCUUCGUGACGCAGAGCACUCAAUAUUGAAAAACUACGAAGAGCAUGGGCCCCAACGUGCAGCAAGAGACUCCCUUCAGUCAAAUGUCCGAGAUGUUCGAGCGUAUCAGACGACAAGACAUCCAGGUGCUGCGAGUCAAAGUUUAAUUUAUCCACAUCCACCGCCAGGUGAAGACGAAACCACGCAAGAAGUGUUAGCCAAUGAAGGAUACAGCGAACUGCUGGAUCAGCAACAACUAGAGGAGGACAUGAAAUUCGAUGAAGAAACAAACGGGAAGUUUCCUGAAUGA